UCGGAUAAUAAUCUUAAAAUCUCCAUCUAUCUACUCCACCCACAUUUUAACUUUGUUUUUAUUAUUUGUGGCUUUGUUUCACAUGCUAUGGAUGAUUAUAGGUAGACUAAAACUUCAGAAAUAUUAAGUGUUUUAUCAGUGUUAGUGUUUCAAUGUAUCUUCCUCUUCAUAAUGUUUCAGCAGGAAAGAAGUAUUAUUUUAGGAUUCCAGUUACUAAACUUUCUUUUUUUACAGUAUCAUUACCUUUAUUUUCCUUUAUAAUUUGUGUUUUGUUAACUAUGUAUAAAGACUUUGAUAGAGCCAAUAAAACUCAUUGUAAUAUUCCGAAUAUUUUUCCCUCUAUAUCUGCCUCUAUAGGAAACUAUGAACCCCAAAUUACUAUAUGGAAAACAGCUAUUUAUACACAUGCUCCUUUAAGAUUUAUUUUGAUAUAUUUACGGUGGGAUUAUUAUAAAAGUAUUAUAAGAGAUGAUUGUAGAAUAAUAGUUAAAUUGGCAGUGAGCCUUAAUAUAAUUGAGAAUAUUACAUUACUAGGUUUAACUCAUUGGACAUCUUCUUUGAAUUACUCAUAUCAUGAAGUAUGUUUCAAAACUUUCAUAGCUGCUUCCUUAUUAUAUAUGGUUUUUAUAUGUAUUUUGCUAACAAAAUGCAGAAGGAGGCCAAACAUUACAUUAUUGGAAAGAUACUCUGUAAAACUGAAAUGGAGGCUCUUCUUAGUCAAUGCCAGCACAUUUACAAUGGCAGCUUAUUUCUUUUUAAGACAUAACAGUCUUUGUGAACCAUAUGUAUACUCGAUCUUUGCAUUCUCUGAAUACAUAGUUGUGGUUAGUAAUAUACUAUACCACUGUACAACAGUGUAUGACCUUCACUCGCACUUCAUUACAAUAUCAAAGCAUGGAGUUACUAUUGAGAAAUGAUAAUCAUGGCUGGGAACUGAUGGUCACAUGUGUAACAAUUAUGAUUGUUGGCAUCAAGUUUGGACAAAUAAAGAAAAUCAUAUUUAAACUUGAAGUUUUUGUAAAAUAAAAAGAAUUAUAAGUUGUAAAUAAUUGACUUCCACUUACAUAUGUUUUUAAGUUUUUUUAAAUGUAUGAAUAUUAAAAUAUUGUUUUUAUUUA